AUGGCGCCUCAUCUGUGGACCGCGCUAUGUGCGCUGACCUUUGGACAAGCUGUGAUGGCGAGCCCACACAUGAACAUCAACCUGGCAGCUCGUGCCACUACUAGCUUGGCUAGCUGGCUGGCAACUGAGACAACUGUCGCAAAGCAGGGUAUUCUUGACAACAUUGGGUCCGCUGGCGAAUAUGCUGCGAGUGCCGAUUCUGGUAUUGUGAUUGCUAGUCCCAGUACCGAUAGUCCUGACUACUACUAUACUUGGACUCGGGAUUCAGCCUUGACAAUCAAAUGCUUAGUGGAUCUGUUCGUGAAUGGCGACACAAGUGUCUUGUCUGUGAUCGAGGAGUAUAUCAAUUCGCAGGCGUACAUCCAAACAGUUUCCAAUCCAUCUGGAAGUCUCUCUGGUUCAGGCCUGGGCCUGGGAGAGCCCAAGUUCAACGUCGAUGAAAGUGCUUACACUGGAUCAUGGGGUCGACCUCAACGUGAUGGUCCUGCUCUUCGGGCUACUGCGUUGGUCAAUUUUGGCAAUUGGCUACUUAACAAUGGCUACACUACUCUUGCAACAAGCUACAUUUGGCCGAUUGUGCGCAAUGAUCUCUCUUAUGUAGCUGAAUAUUGGAACCAGACUGGUUAUGAUCUCUGGGAAGAAGUUUCAGGAUCCUCCUUCUUCACAAUCGCUGUGCAGCAUCGUGCUCUGGUUGAAGGUAGUAAAUUCGCCAGCGCAGUGGGCUCUUCUUGCUCAUACUGUGAUUCCCAAGCACCACAGGUGCUAUGUUUCCUCCAAUCAUUCUGGACUGGAACAUACAUGCUCGCCAACACUAACAGCGGUCGUACGGGCAAGGACUCCAACACUGUGCUCGCCAGCAUCCACACUUUUGAUCCCGCAGCAGCUUGUGAUGAUACUACAUUCCAACCUUGCUCACCUCGUGCAUUGGCAAACCAUAAGAUUGUAACUGACUCUUUCCGCUCGGUCUACACACUCAAUUCUGGUAUUGCCGCUGGGGCUGCAGUUGCAGUCGGUCGCUACCCAGAAGACAGCUACUACAAUGGAAACCCUUGGUAUCUGUGUACUCUGGCUGCUGCUGAGCAGCUUUAUGAUGCUUUGUACCAGUGGAACCGUAUUGGGUCCAUAACUAUCACUAGUGUGGACUUGAGCUUUUUCACGGCUAUUUACAGCUCUGCAGCCACUGGGACUUACUCCUCGUCUAGUGCAACUUACUCUUCUAUCGUGAGCGCUGUUAAGACCUAUGCUGAUGGAUAUGUGAGCAUUGUGGAGGAAUACGCUUACAGCAACGGAUCACUGUCUGAACAGUUUGAUAAAUCCGCUGGCACUCCCCUCUCAGCCCGUGAUUUGACCUGGUCCUACGCGGCUCUUCUGACAGCAAAUAACCGCCGAAAUUCAGUCGUUCCUCCAUCUUGGGGUGAGACUUCUGCUAGCAGUGUACCAGCCACAUGUAGCUCGACUUCAGCUAUUGGUACCUUUAGCACGGCUAGUACAACUUCUUGGCCCAGUACAUUGACAGGUGGAACUGGCACGGUCACUACCACUACCACCGCAACAGGAACUGGAACCACAACCACAACCAAGUCAACUUCGACUACUAGCACGACAAGCACUUCCUGUUCCACCCCUACUGCGGUGGCUGUUACUUUUGAUCUCAUCGCGACAACGACAUAUGGUGAGGAUAUUAAGAUUGCCGGAUCCAUUUCUCAGCUUGGAGACUGGGACACCAGUGAUGCUGUAGCACUUAGUGCGAUCGAUUACACUUCCAGUGAUAAUCUUUGGUUUGUCGAUGUUAGUCUUCCUGCGGGUACGGUCUUCGAGUACAAGUAUAUCCGUGUUGAGAGUGAUGGAACUAUCGAAUGGGAGAGUGAUCCGAACCGUUCGUACACUGUGCCGGCAGUUUGCAGUGAGACUUCUGUCACGGAAAGUGACACUUGGAGAUGA